UUUUAUUUUUUAAGUUGGAAGAUCUGAGCAUGUUUAAUUGUUUAGUAUCAUGCCCGUUUUACAGAAAAAAAAAGAGAGGCUCUUAGAAGCUACAAUGUUACUUCAAUGCGGAGACUCUGGAACAAGAUCCAGAUCAGGACAGGCUAGGUUAUGCUGCAGCAGCACACGCCCAUUAAAUCUCAGUAACCUGAAUACAUCCUAAUUUUCUUCUCCCCGUACUAUGUAUCCUAGGGUGCGUCGGCAAGGAGUCUGCUCAUCUUAGCCAAUCAGUGACCCGGGUCACUGGAUGAUGGUUUCAUCUCCAUAGUUGGGGCAGCUGGCAGAAAGCGAUACAAUGGCUGGCUCAGUCGCCUUUAAAGCUGGUGGGAAGUAACAUGUUAUUACCGCUGUGUGUUUCAAGUGGGUCAGGUCAUCCGGGAGGACGUGGUGCUCUUUUAGCUCUAACAUUUUCUGGUUGCAAUGCGCUUAGGACUGGGAUGCGAAGUGAAUGAGUUGGGAGAGAACGCAAGCCCCACAAGUGCCAGGCGUGCCAUAUCAGGAAAACACUUUCUAGUAUUUUGUCCGUGUGUCUAUUGGGGAAUGCUCUUACAUCCCGCAGAGGGCAGUAAGGACACAGCGCGAAUUAUAACCGCGAGUUUAAAAGUCCAGGGGUCGCUCACUCAACCUUGAAGGCACGUCAGAAUCAUCUGAGGGAGGUUUUAUAAAACAUCCGUGCUCCACCCAAGACAAUGAAAUCAGACUCCCUGCGAGCGGGGCCCGAACAUCAACAUUUUUGAAGACGCUCCCUGUGGCUGUGCAUCGGUGAUCUUUAAUCCCCUGCUACUUGUUAGAGGAGCUGAAUGACGCCUCGUGGGCUCAUUCUCAUAAAUGAGCUCCUGAAUGCAGUCCUCUCCUCCCAAGAGUUGUCGGUGUUGCAUCUUUUUGUUGUUUAUUUAUUUAUUUAUUAGCCAACGUUAGAAGACGUCCAACGGUGCUGCAUCUUAAUGGGGGGACAUCCAGCUAAAGGGAAUCUUGGAGACAUCCGCGGGUUCCCAGUGGCUCGCGGCAAGUUGGUUUCCCAGGGCAAGAGGCCGCCACUUAAGAUCAGCUCUGCCUUUCGAGCUGGGCAGUGGAGGCUCUAAGUCCGCUUUCAGCAGGACUGGAGGAAGGAGACUGGGUGGCCCCAAGGAAGGAGGGGAAAAGGCUGCUGAGAAGAGGAGGAGGGAAAGGGGAAGAGGCAGGGCGAGGGAGGAGCCUGAGGAGACGCGGUCGCGGGCGGACUCGGCUCAACCCUGACAUCUGCGCCCCGGCCGCCUGGUCGCCAUGGCGGGCUUGGGCAAGGGCCCGGGCUCCGCUGUCCCCGUAUGGCUAGCCGAGGACGACCUGGGCUGCAUCAUCUGCCAGGAGCUGCUGGACUGGCCCGCCACGCUGCCCUGCGGCCACAGCUUCUGCCGCCACUGCCUGGAGGGCCUGUGGGGCGCGCGCGGCGCCGGGCGCCGCUGGGCCUGCCCCACCUGCCGAGAGGGCGCCGCGCAGCAGCCUCGGCUGCGGAAGAACACGCUACUGCAGGACCUGGCCGACAAGUACCGCCGCGCCGCACGCGAGCUGGAGGCGGGCUCCAACUCUGCCGCUUGCCCCGGCCCCGGCUCCAGUCCCGGCUCCAGCCUGACCCCCAGGCCCCGGCGCCGCCCGGCACUGCCGCGGGUAGGGAGGCCGGUCCCGCAGCUCCCCUCGCGCCCCCCGGCUGCCCGCAGCCUGCCCUCUUCCCCUGUGGCUCGAAUCCCUUUCCCCAGCCGUUCUACUUUUACGUUCCUUUUCUCAGUCUAAAAGUCGACUCCCGCUUUUGGGAGGAACUUUGGAAAGUUCAUAAAAGUAUGAAGAAGCGGGAAAAAACCAAAUUCCCCAUCUCCCGAAAGCCUGUCAACCUAGCUGCUACACGCCUUGGCAUAUUUCAACUUCUUCCCAAUCGAUCUUCGGUCUCUUUCUCUGACAGUUGUAAAAUUGUGGUGGCAGUAGAGAAGAGCAUCACAGAAGUUGGUCAGGAGCUGACAGAGCUGGUGGAACAUCUUGUAGACAUUGUCAGGAGCCUGCAGAAUCAGAGGCCCCUAUCAGAAUCUGGACCAGACAAUGAACUGAGCAUCCUGGGCAAGGUUUUUUCUUCUGGGGUGGAUCUUUCCAUGACUUCUCCAAAGCUGUUGAUUUCCGACACAGCUGCAGGGAGAAUCAGAAAUAUUCUCCAAGACCUAGAAGAAAUUCAGGAAAAAUUACGAGAAAACGUCGCCCGGAAAGAGGCUCCUGAAGCACAAACGCAGGGAGAACUCCCGGAAGCCCCAUCUUCCUCCUCAUGCCCAUUGCCUGACCAGAGCCACCCUGCACUCAAGAGAGCUUCUCAGUUUGCUCAGUGGGCCAUCCAUCCAACCUUUAACUUGAAGAGCCUUUCCUGCAGCCUGGAGGUGUCCACGGAUUCCCGUACAGUGACUGUGUCUCACCGCCCACAACCCUAUCGCUGGAGCUGUGAGAGGUUUUCUACCAGCCAGGUCUUGUGUUCCCAGGCCCUCUUUUCUGGAAAGCAUUACUGGGAAGUGGACACUAGGAACUGCAGCCACUGGGCAGUUGGGGUGGCUUCCUGGGAGAUGAGCCGUGACCAGGUCCUGGGAAGGACUAUGGACUCUUGUUGUGUGGAAUGGAAGGGGACUAACCAGCUCUCUGCAUGGCACAUGGUCAAGGAAACUGUCCUUGGCUCAGACAGACCUGGGGUGGUGGGCAUCUGGCUGAACCUUGAGGAGGGGAAGCUUGCCUUCUAUUCGGUGGACAAUCAGGAGAAGCUUCUGUACGAGUGUACCAUCUCUGCCGCCUCUCCUCUGCACCCUGCCUUCUGGCUGUAUGGCUUACAUCCUGGAAACCACCUGAUAAUAAAGCAAGUAAAGGUGUAAGGUUUCCUCAGGGAUUACAACA